AUGACGGUCUCAAAGCGAAACUCGGCCGAAAUGGCAAACAUCGAUGAGGUGGAACUCGAGGCCGCUGGCUAUGUCCAGGCGAUGCCUCGCCAGUUCUCCAUGUGGUCGCUCGGUGCCCUGUCCUUUACGCUGACGUGCACCUGGCUCGGGACUGGUGCAUCCCUCGGCAUUGGCAUUGGUGAAGCCGGUCCCGCGGGUGCCCUGUGGUCUCUUGUGGUUGCGGGCGUCAUGACACUGGUUGUGUCUGCGGGGAUGGCAGAGCUAGCAUCUGCGUAUCCUGUUGCUGGAGCCCAGUACUAUUGGUCAUUUAUGGUUGCCAGUGAUAAGUAUAAGGCAUUUGCAUCUUAUCUGAAUGCCUGGAUGAGCAUAAUAGGCUGGUGGCUGGCAUCCGGAUCAGUUGCCAACUUCAUCGCCUCCAUGCUAGUAGAGAUCGCCUCCAUCUGGCAUCCCGACUUCGAGCCUCAUCAGUGGCAGAUAUAUCUCAUCUACGUCGCCCUAAUCUGGCUCGCUGCGGCUCUAAACAUACUAGGAUCACGGAUAUUGCCUCUCUACAAUCAGUUUGUCUUUAUGCUCUCUAUUCUGACACUCGGGUCUACGAUGAUCGCUCUCUUUGUGGUUGGUAGGAACAAGCAUGCAUCUGGCCAGUUCAUCUUCGCGGAUACUACCGGUCAGAGCGGUUGGACGAGCGAAGGCUUUACGUUCCUCCUCGCGACAAGUAACGCAGUCUUCGGUUUCAUGGGUAGUGACUGCGGCGCUCACCUAUGCGAAGAGAUUGCGAACCCCGCCAAAUACGUUCCAAUGGUCAUCAUGUAUCCAUUGGUUAUCGGUCUCCUAACAGCCUUUCCGUUCGCCGCUUCCUUGAUAUACUCUAUUACCGAUCUUGAAGCUAUCCUUAAUACCGUUACCGGCCUUCCUCUAAUCGAAAUCUACUUCCAAGCAACCGGGUCCCGCGUUGCUGCCUCGCUUUAUGGGCUCAUUUUCCUUGGUUCUACCACGGCAUUUUCUGCCAUGGUUAAUACAACGAUCCUAUUCCUGCAGACAUCGUGCGUCAUUCCCCAGGCAAUUCUUCUCUACCGAGGCCGCGACCGCGUCUUGCCAAGGCGCUACUUUAACCUCGGUAAACUGGGGCCGUUUGUCAAUGGUAUAUCUGUGGCUUGGGUUGUUUUUCUGGACGUUCUUUACUGCUUUCCUAGCGUAUUGCCCGUCACAGCACAGAACAUGAGCUAUGUGACUGUAGUAGUGACGGGCUUGCUGUCGUUUGUGGUGAUUCUAUGGGUUGCCACCAAGAGGGGCACGUUUACCGGCCCGCAUAUCAACGUGGAGCUGAUGAAUGAGAGGCGCCAGGCUGCUCUCGACUCGAAUCUUGGUGGCGGGGACCCAGAGAUCUCGGAGGUUGGGUCAAUUCGCACACAUGGCAACAUGAAGGAUGCCACUUAG